UUCUUCCAAACCCGAACGUUAAAUACCCCCACCCCCACGCCCACCCCACGCUACCCCACCCCACCCCCACCCACCUAUAUAAGCUUACAUUCCCGGCGAUUUCACAUAAACAAGCCAUUAGAAACAAUUUUGUUCAAAAAAAAAAUUGUACUUUUGAAGAGAAAAAAUUGAAUGUUAUUUGAAUGGCAACAACAAUGGGACGUGAAAGAUCGAAACCAUUGCAUAAUUUCAAAUUGCCUUGUAGUUUAAAGUGGGGUAAUCAGAGGUUCUUGAGGUGUGCUAAAGUUGACCCGACCCAUUUGAGACGGCGAAGAAGAGAAGGUGACGGCGACGGUGACGGUGACGGUGGCGUCAUGAUCAAUCAUCGAGGAUCGAAUGGUAUGAAGAAAACUGAGGUGGGUUACGGCGGCGUUGGUGUUGAUGUUGGUGUUGGUGGUAGUGGAGGAGGAGAUGGAAUAGCGGCGGUGAGGGAGAAGUUGAUGUUUGAUUUACAAACGGAAGCUGAUAAGAUUAAAUACGCAAUUUUUCGGGAUGGGUUGAAUGGAGAAGACAAAGAGGAAGAGGAAAAAGUAGUGUUACCAACUCCGGCGACGGCUCCGGCGAGUAAUAUGAUAGCUUCUCCGUCGACGGUGGCAGCGGCGGAUAGUUGUAGGCCGUGGAAUUUACGUACUAGAAGAGCGGCGUGUAAAGCGCCAAUGAAUGGAAUUGCCGGCAACGGCGGUGGUGGAUCGGAAGGAAAGGUGAAAGUUGAUGGUAUCAGGGAAAAUGGGUCGGCGGCAUUAAGGCUGAGAAGUGAGUUUUCCGGCGCCGGUGCCGGAGAUUUUGGUACCGGCGAGAAGAGGAAGAGUUUUUCGGUUACGCUUAAUCGGAAAGAAAUACAAGACGAUUUUAUGGAAAUGGUUGGACAUAGACCUCCUCGUCGACCUAAAAAACGAGCUAAAUUCAUUCAAAAAAAUAUGGAUACGUUAUUUCCAGGGCUAUGGUUAACGGAGAUUACGCCGGAUUUAUACAAAGUUGCCGGUGAUCAAUAGAUUGAAAAAGGUAAAUCUUUAUCAUUUUUGCUUUAUAAAUAUAGGGGCGGAGCAAAUAUUUGAAGCUUAUCGGUUCUUGAUUCUGAUCUUUUUUGAGUUAGUGAGCUUCUAAGUUGAUAGUUCCUCCCAUUUGUCCUAGCGAUGAUGGAUAUAAUUAUCUGGUACCUGUUGUUGUUGUUGGUGGGAGGUGACACGGUUAUCAAAAAAGUUGAUAGUUUGUGUGUAUUCAACGUACUUUUAAGGCGAAACAGAGUGUUUGAAUGAAAAUUACUAGCCGGUAGCCGACAAUCUACCGGCCAGUAAUGUGGUUAACGGAGAUUACUCCGGAUUUAUACAAAGUUGCUGAUGAACAGUAGAUUGAAAAAGGUAAAUCUUUAUGAUUGUGCUUUAUAAAUAUAUGGGCGGAGCUAGUAUUUGAAGCUUAUCAGUUCUUUAUUCUGAUCUUUUUUGAGUUAGGGGGCUUCUAAGUUGAUAGUUCGUCCUAUUUGUCCUAGCGAUGAUUGACAUAGUUAUCUGGUGCCUGCUGUUGUUGGUGGUGGGAGGUGACAUGGUUAUCAAAAAAGUUAAUAGUUUGUAUGUAUUCAAUGGACUUUUAAGGCGAAAUACAGUGUUUGAACGAAAAUUACUAGCCGGUAGCCGACAAUCUACCGGCCAGUAAUGUGGUUAACGGAGAUUACUCUGGAUUUAUACAAAGUUGCUGAUGAUCAGUAUAUUGGAAAAGGUAAAUCUUUAUGAUUGUGCUUUAUAAAUAUAGGGGUGGAGCUAGUAUUUGAAGCUUAUCGGUUCUUGAUUCUGGUCUUUUUUGAGUUAGGGGGCUUCUAAGUUGAUAAUUCAUCCUAUUUGUCCUACCGGUGAUGGACAUAGUUAUCUGGUGCCUGUUGUUGUUGGUGGUGGGAGGUGACACGGUUAUCAAAAAAGUUAAUAGUUUGUAUGUAUUCGAUGGACUUUUAAGGCAAAAUACAGUGUUUGAACGAAAAUUACU